AUGCGUGAGUACUUCGUAGUAGAAGAAGCUGGAGUCACAGUGAGCGAACUGUUUGAAUCGGAUGAAGUUCGUAGAGCUAGAGAUUUGCUGAAGAAAACAACCGUUCGUGUUGAUGGUCGUUUCGAAACCGGAUUAUUAUUCAAGCGGGAUGAUUUUGAGCCGCCUGACAGCUACCCUAUGGCGCUAAAGAGGUUGGGUGGUCUCGAGCGACGACUGAAGAAGGAUCCUUCCCUCGAACAGGCUGUAUGCCGAAAAAUCGAAGAAUACCAAACAAAGCAGUAUGCGCAUAAGUUGACGGAUGAAGAGAUGGCGUCGGUGAAUCCCAAAAAGGUUUGGUACCUACCUUUCGGGGUUGUUGUCAAUCCAAACAAACCUGGCAAGAUACGUUUGGUAUUAGACGCGGCGGCUCAAGUGAAUGGAACGUCGUUAAAUUCAAUACUGCUUUCUGGACCAGAUCUUUUAACAUCGCUGCCAGCCAUUAUUCAGCAGUUUAGAGAACGACCGGUGGCUUUCAAAGCGGAAAUACGCGAAAUGUUCCACCAAUAUCGGAUUCGGGAAGCUGAUAAAAACGUAUUGCGAUUCCUUUUUCGAGCAGACCCUUCGUGUAAACCGGACGUGUACGUUAUGGAUGUGGGAACCUUUGGAGCAGCUUGUUCACCUACAUCUGCUCAAUACGUGAAGAAUUUAAACGCCUCCCAACAUGCGAACCAAUUCCCAGACGCAGCAAGAGCUAUAGUUCGUCGACACUAUGUCGACGACUACCUCGACAGCGCCGAUACUGCUGAAGAAGCCAUCAAUCGACUGCAUAGCUGGGUCUCGAACGAAAGUUCGUUCACUCGAGCACUAGGUGGACAAGAAGCUGAGGAUCGGGUGCCGCUGCAACCAAAUGAUGAUGGAGCAACGGAACGUGUUCUUGGGAUUAUAUGGUGUCCCCACGAGGAUGUUUUUACUUUUUCGACUAACUUCCGGAAGGAAUUGCUACCGUACCUCAUCAACGAUCAGCGACCGACAAAGCGGAUUGCCCUCCGAUGUUUAAUGAGCCUUUUCGAUUCCUCGCUCGGAUUCCUAUCUCCCUUCACAAUCCAUGGCAUGAUCGCUUUACAAAGCCUGUGGCGCACUGAUUGUGAUUGGGAUCAGAAGAUCGACGACGAAAGUUACACACGUUGGUCCCAGUGGAUAUCGAGACUGCCUAUGGUUGAAGAAGUAAAGAUCCCGCGUUGUUAUCUACAAGGUGCUUCUCCGAAGGUCUACGAAGACUUACAGCUUCAUGUGUUCGUCGAUGCCAGCGAACAGGCGUAUGUGAUGGCAAUAACGAAGGUGGCCCCGCUGAAGCUGAUGUCAAUCCCUCGUAUGGAACUAAUGGGUGCAGUGCUAGGAGCGAGGUUGCUGAAUUCAGUUGAAGGUAACCACGAACUGAAGGUAAUGAAAUGUACGCUCUGGACCGACUCGCAAAAUGUGCUCUCAUGGAUCCGAUCCGAUCAGCGGAAGCAUAAACCAUUCGUGGCCUUCAGGAUCGGUGAAAUUCUCCAAGAGACGAAGAUCGAUGAAUGGCGUUGGGUGCCAUCAAAGUAUAACGUGGCAGAUAUGCUCACCAAGUGGGGCAAGGGCCCUUGCUUUGAUUCGGAUGGACCCUGGUUUGCUGGACCUCAGUUUCUGCAGCAACCAGAGGAGAUAUGGCCGAUACAGAAAACACCCGCACCAAACACGAAGACUGAACUUCGGGCAUGUCAUAUGUUCCACACAUCGAAGGCUUAUGAACCAAUCAUCGACGUUAGUCGGUUUUCCCGGUGGAAUGUUCUACUGCGUACGAUCUGUUGCGUCUACAGGUUCUUUUCGAAUUGCCGUCGUUGGAUUGAUCGAACGCCCAUCGAGGUCAUUCCAGAUGCUACCGAAAGAAUGCGGAAAUUUGUGAUCCGUGAUGUCAAUUAUUCCAUUGUUCCGCUGAAGCAAGAAGAAUACGAAAUAGCCGAAGUUCUGUUGUGGAAAAUGGCACAACGUGAGACGUUUGCGUGCGAAGUAGCUAUUACAUUAAAGAAUCGUCAGCUGACAUCGGAAAAUUGGAUUCCAAUUGAGAAGAACAGUGCCAUCUAUCACUGCAAACCGUUCCUAGAUGAGUGUGAUGUAUUACGGAUGGACGGUAGGACGAAAUAUGCGGACUUUAUUCCUUACGACACACGAUUCCCCAUCAUUCUACCAAGAGACCACGAAAUCACCGAUCUGCUGCUAGCGGAAUAUCAUCGGCGUUAUGGACACGCAAACCGGGAGACAACGUUCAACGAAAUCCGACAGCGUUACUAUUGGCAGCCAACAAGGAACUCCAAGAGCAGAUACGUCGGAUCGGGACAGGCUGUGCCAAUGUCUUCACCAAUGCCAAGACUCGUUGGUGCUUUAACCCACCAUCGGCCCUCAUAUGGGGGCAUAUGGGCGUAUGGUACGGACGGUCAAGACGACUAUGGCAACACUGAAUACGAACCGUAG